ACCCCAGGGCCUUCCUCUGAGUCCACCGCCGUUGUCGGCCGGGGGCGGCCCCGGGGCACCGCCGGGUAUGGUGCCUCGUAUGCCGGGAUUGCCGCCGCCGGGACUGGGACUGCUGGGCCAGCUCGGUGGUAUGCUGAGCGGACACCAUGGCUCGCCGUUGGAACUAAUGGCAGCUCAUCACGCGGUUCUGCCACCAAGAUCCUACAACAGUCCACCGCCGAUUAGUACUAGCGAUCCUACCGCCAACGAGUGCAAGUUGGUUGACUACCGUGGCCAAAAGGUCGCCGCGUUCAUCAUCGCCGGCGACACGAUGCUCUGUCUGCCUCAGGCCUUUGAGCUGUUUCUCAAACACCUUGUGGGCGGCCUCCACACAGUCUACACGAAGCUCAAGCGACUGGAUAUCGUGCCGUUGGUGUGUAACGUCGAGCAGGUUAGGAUUCUACGCGGUCUCGGAGCCAUCCAGCCCGGCGUCAAUCGGUGCAAGCUGCUCAGCUGCAAGGACUUCGACAUUCUUUACAGGGACUGCACCACGGCCAGGCCAGGAAGACCCCCAAAGCGAGCUUCCGUUGGGCUGAGCCUUGCGGCGAGUCACCUAGCCGCGGCGGCUGGCCAUCAUCCUCAACACUCCCUGAAGAAGCACAGACUGGACAACGGCGAUUAUUACGAAAACGGACAUCUCGACGUACCAAGGAUGGAAAAGUCACCGCUUCUGGCGAAUGGAUACAAUCACCCACCCACGCACCUGAGCCACAUGCAGUUCAUGCAGCUCGGCGGGCACCCAGGUGCAGGACAUACCGCUAUCCUGUCACCGGCCAGUCUACCGCAUCACCUGCAAGCGCAAGCACAGGCUCGGGCCGAGCAGGGUCUCAAGGUCAAUCCGAAUAUGACCAACAUGGAAGCCCUCGCGAGGUCCGGGACGGUUUGGGAAAACUGCCGAGCUGCCUACGAAGAUAUUGUCAAACAUCUCGAAAGGCUCCGAGAGGAGAGGGGCGACGCCGAGAGAGCGCUGGCUUUGGACCACAAACCCAGGGACCUCAGCUCGCACAAUGGCUCCUCCAACGGUCACAGCCCGGUUCUAAAUCUCUCAAAAACGGCGGGAAGCGGAAGCGUGGGCGAGCAGUCCGGAAGUGAGGCAGGUGCGUCGCACCGUUCUCAAGACGACGAGGAGGAGGACGAUAAUCUGUCGGAGGACCUCGAGGACGACAAUGAAAAGGAUGAAGAUUUGUCGGACGUGCCGGAAAACCUGCCAUUGCCAGCACCGGGCUCGGAAAGUCCGCCUCAAGCCCUGAACUACUCGCAGAUAGCCUCGGCGGCGGUCGCCGUGUCUCAGAGCGCCCAAGACCCCUCGGUCUCGAGUACGGAGACCCUGCUGAGGAAUAUCCAGGGCCUGCUCAAGGUCGCGGCUGACAACGCGAGGCAGCAGGAGAGGCAAAUCAACUACGAGAAAGCCGAGCUGAAAAUGGACGUUCUUCGGGAGCGGGAGGUCAAGGACAGUCUGGAGCGGCAGCUACAAGACGAGCAGAAGGUGCGAGUGAUUUAUCAGAAACGGUUAAAAAAGGAACGACGAGCGAGGAAACGGUUGCAGGAGCAGUUGGACCUAGAGAUCAAGAGGCGCACGCAAUUGGAGGAGGCCCUCAAAGCCACGGGCGCGUCCUCGGAGCAAGUCAGAGCGAUUACCGAAAACGUAACGGUGGAGGCGCGCACGAGUUCGGAGCCGCCGGAGGCUAGCCCGGUACAUUCUCAGUCGCAGCAGCAGUCGUCGCAACAACAACCGCCGCAGCAACCCCUUCAGCAGCAACAGACAGCGGCCCAGCAGUACCGGGAGGCGCAAGUACCGCGUCCUUCCCAGCAACCGUCGACACCGGAGAAACCCGCAUGGGGAUACGGGCUGGAUCUCAUCGGUAGCCAGGCGUCGGCCUUCUGGCAAAACUACCAAGAAUCGCUGGUGCAGGAACUCGAGCUGGAGAGAAAAUCGCGGCAGCACCAAGCGGCCGAGAGGGACCAAGUCAAGUCUCCUCUUCAAGAGUCGCGGACGGGUUACUACAAGAACUCCGUUCUGUUUACGAGCGCGACCUAGAAGAGGCCGGACGACGGCAGACGGGGGCAGCAGGCAGAUCGUGCAGCUAGCAGCCGAAGCGAGUGAUCGAUCGGACAAAGCAGAAAGCGCAAUUCGAAACCACGAGAGCGGACUCACACAACGAGAAGCAAACGUGAAGGAACAGAAUCGUGAUGAUCGAUCGCGAGAAAAAAAUGUACGGAUUCGACGAGGAAGAGCGAAACUCCGAGUGAUGAUCUCGCGCGAGUGUCCGCGCAGACUUAUGUACAGCUCGGCGAACAAUGCGAAUACCGAGAGUACCGGAAGGCUCCACGAGAGUAUUUUAUCAUCGGGAGACUCGUAAGUUCCGGAUAGAAUCGUACGAGCGAGCGUUAAGCGACAGUAGACUCAAUUUCGACGAACGAAUAAAAACGUGCGGCUAUUCACGCGUUUGUACAGAGCCGCGAUCACGUUUUUCCGACGCUCGAAGAGAAAACUCGAAGGGAGGGGGGAGGGUAGGGAGAUAACGGGGCCCUCGAAUCGAGAUCGGUCCGGUCAGCGUUCGCGACAAGGACCGAUCCGCACACAUAUCAACGACGCGAUAUUCGCCGAUCUCCCAAAUCGCGUUCGCGGUGAUCGUGGAGUCGUUCGUUCGACGACGACGGAAUUCCGAAGGGAGAUAUUCUCUAAAUGUACGCGCCAUCAAUUAUACCCGUGAUGGAUGAUGACCGGACAUUGCGUGACUCUCGCGGUACCGAGACGAUCGCGGACAGUAGGCGGGACAGAAAUCGGGAACGAGGAGAGAGAAAUAGAGGCAGACGAGAGAGGGAGAUAAGAGAGGCAUAUUUCUAAAGACUGCUGGAGAGUGCGUGCGUGAGUGCAUGCGUUCCUAGAGGUACCUAUCUCCUAAUUAUCGAGCGAAUUAAUUAGAUAAUCGUUUUUAAGGGAUCCAGGCGAUCGGACGCGCCACGCAGUCGUCGUGAGGCGCGCCGAUUUCGAGUAUUAUUAUCAUUAUUAAUAUUAUUAUAUACGUCGCCGCGGCGGCGCGAGGCCCGAUCCGAUCGCCACUGCGAAACGAAUGUCGAGUCGCGGGCCCUCUCGUCGCGACCGGCUCAUUCGAUAUCUCGAAAUCGGCGUCUUCGGCGGCGCCGAUCGAUGCAUCUCGACGUCGCGACGAUUUUUUUUCGAGAACGCCGUCUCUCUUACUAGGCACGUCGCAGCGCCGAGAAACGCGCCGGCUUUUUGUAAAAUGCGCGUAAGAUUGCGGAAAUUGACGAAUGAGUCUCUUCUGGAUUCAAUGCGGAACGAGAUUAGAGCCGCGACUCGAACGCUGUAUCAUAGAAAAGUGAGAGAGGGAAGGAAAGAGAGAAAGUGAGAGAAUAAGAAUGAUGUGACGAUAAAAAUGAUCGACUGACUGAAGAAUGAACAACAGAUAUAUAGAGGAAGAGAAAGAGAGAGAGAGAGAGAGAGAGAGAAAACGAGAUUAGAAGUGUCUUAUAGAAAGAAUCUUACGAGUAUAUGCGUACGCAUGUGUGUAUGUGUGUGUAUGUGUGUGUGUGUGUGUAUGAUUGUGUAUGGUAAAAACGGAAACAACGGAGGAUUCUCUCCUAGCGUUUUAAAUCGUAACACCUUAUUUAUAUAAAUAACUUAGUUACUACCGAAAACAAGUAAAUCUAAUCCAUAUUGCGUGUGUCCCGCGUUUGCGUUGACCGCCCAAGAAUCCGGCGAAAUAUCUCUUGACGAGUGCGAAAAACAAAUAGAA